CCGGCGUGCAGGCGCGAGCGGUUAAAGCGCCUUCCGAAGGCCGCAGGACUUCGUUCGUUUCUCGGUCUGUUGGUUUCGAAGUGCCUUGAGCGAGGUUCACAGAGGCCGCCGCCACUAGAGGGGCUUUUUUCUACAGAUCUGACACCUCCCAGUGCCCAGCUACUCCGGCACUUGCCCUUUGACCCUGCUCUCGCGGUGGGGUGAGAGGUCGGUGGCCAUCUUGUGGCGGCGGCGCGGGCGGCUUUUAGUGCGGAGACCCUCCCCCUCCCCGUCGGUGUCUCCCUGGCUGUCUGUCAGUCAGUGAAGAGUUCCGCAGGCAAUCAAGUAAGUCCCCGGCCUCGUGCCGUCGCUCUUUCAGCCGCACUGGGCGGCCCAGGCCGCUCCCUGCCGGGACUCACGGUCGCCACCAUGUCCUCGUUCUCCGAGUCGGCGCUGGAAAAGAAGCUCUCGGAGCUGAGCAACUCUCAGCAGAGCGUGCAAACCCUGUCCCUUUGGCUCAUCCACCACCGCAAGCACGCGGGACCCAUCGUCUCGGUGUGGCACCGCGAGCUCCGCAAAGCCAAAUCAAAUAGAAAGCUUACUUUUCUGUACUUAGCAAAUGAUGUCAUCCAAAACAGUAAAAGGAAAGGACCUGAAUUCACUAGAGAAUUUGAGUCUGUCCUUGUGGAUGCAUUUUCUCAUGUUGCCAGAGAGGCAGAUGAAGGCUGUAAAAAACCUUUAGAAAGAUUGCUGAACAUCUGGCAAGAAAGAAGUGUGUAUGGCGGCGAGUUCAUACAGCAGCUGAAGCUGUCUAUGGAGGACUCCAAGAGCCCUCCCCCCAAAGCAACAGAAGAGAAAAAAUCUCUGAAGCGAACUUUCCAGCAGAUACAAGAGGAGGAGGAUGAUGACUACCCUGGUAGCUACUCUCCCCAAGAUCCUUCUGCAGGACCCCUGUUGACUGAGGAACUAAUCAAAGCUUUGCAGGACCUGGAAAAUGCUGCAUCAGGGGAUGCUACUGUCCGACAGAAAAUUGCAUCUUUGCCUCAGGAAGUGCAAGAUGUUUCUCUGUUGGAAAAAAUAACAGACAAAGAGGCAGCUGAACGUCUUUCAAAAACAGUAGAUGAAGCAUGUCUGUUACUAGCAGAAUAUAACGGCCGUCUGGCGGCAGAACUGGAAGACCGGCGCCAGCUGGCUCGGAUGUUGGUGGAGUACACCCAGAACCAGAAAGAUGUUUUGUCAGAAAAGGAGAAAAAGCUAGAAGAAUAUAAACAGAAGCUUGCUCGGGUAACCCAGGUCCGCAAGGAGCUGAAGUCCCAUAUUCAGAGCUUGCCAGACCUCUCAUUGCUGCCCAACGUCACAGGGGGCUUGGCUCCCUUGCCUUCUGCUGGUGACCUGUUUUCAACUGACUAGGGCAGGUGCCAUGCCCCAGAAUCCCAUCUCUACCAGCAGAAAGAAGAGGGCAAGUCAUAGUUGGAAAUAACCUUGUGGCCCCUGGUUCUAUACCUCCUUCCAUCUAGUCCCCUGGCCUCAAGAAAGAACCACAGACUGAUUCUCCUUUCUGGCCUCUCCUGUUGAGCACAAUUCAGAACAGUGGUGAGUGGAGUCCAGUUGAGAUUCAUAUUUGGAAAGAAUACAAACUCAUCUACUUUGUGUUUUCAUGCCCUUGUUGGUUUUCCAUCCUUAACUGUCUUUUUACACCCAAGAAAUUAUGAAAAUUGUGUGUACUCUGGAAACUUGCAGAGGAAUCUUGUCCCUCAUGACAGCAUUGUCAUGAAAGCAGCUUCUCCUUUCUGAGCUGGGCUUGUUCAAGUUCAGUACAGGCUUCCACUGAGGGACUCGCUCUGGAGCCAUUGACUUUCCUGGCUGACAUCCCCCCAAAAGCUGGAGGCACAUCUGUUGAGCAGCUUUGCCAUAAAGAGUUUGCCAAAUCUCUGACCCUCCCUUACUUCUAGUGAUAUGUAGUCAGAGGUGAGGUGUGUUUGUUUUGUAAGCAGACUAGAGAAUCAUCUAGCAAUUACAUUCAGAGCUGGUGUGGGACAUAAAGUCACAGUUCAGAGACAGAGUAGCAGGGAUCACAAGCCUGAGUUAAUAUAAGUUACUUGAUUCAGAUUCCUAUAAGCAACCUUUAUAGGCUGCUUGAUACCUAGAUAACAAGGGUCCCCUCACUGUCACAGAGAAUCGUUAGAACACAAUCAUUUGGCCGCAGAUGGUUGUGAAGGUGGUUCUUAGUAAUGGCAGUGGCAGGCCCGCAAGCUGAAUGCAUAUUGAGUCUGGGCUCUGCACGGGUACUGCUUUGGCCCUAUCUUUUGGAGAGUAGGGCACACACACUAACGUUGAGUUCACUGUGUGGGCUCAUGUCCACAUACAGUGACUAAACUUGAAUAUCUCCCUUGCAGAAAUGGUACUCUGUGCAUGUUUGUCUGUCUGUCAAUUCCUGCCACUGCAUGAGUCCUUGUGCAUAUGGAAGGAGGAGUAUUUUUGAUCAGAUGUUACUGAAUAGCUCAUCUGGGGCAUAGGAAGGGGGAAAGUCAGCGGUAUUCAUUUAGGUUUUUAUUCCAUUUUUAUGCCAGCUGACAUAACUAAAUAAUGUAGAGGGGAUUUUUAUCUUGCUUUUAGUAAAGGUUAGGCCUGCUAACUAUAAGUCAUUCUCAUUUGGCAGGCUUAUUUUUGACAUUGGAAAGGGCAGAAAACAAUUUGCCCCAAUAGUGUAAUAGGACUGAUAGCCUAGAGACUGAAAUCCAAGUGCUGUAAAAAGGAAUUCAGUGGAGGGGGCUUCAGAAUCUCUAUUCUGAAUUGUUAUUUUCAGGAUUACCAAAAAGCCAAUUACAUGUGAUUUUACAUGUUUAACAUGUCACAGCAUAACCUAUGUUUUAAUAAGCGUCACAGGCUUCCCUUCAAGAAGCCCUCCUGCCUGCCAUGAAGUGAGAACAGUGGGGUCACAGCAGGUGUCCAGUUGAACUCUUGUAGAACCUUAGUAGCAUUGAAGCUGUUUUUCAGAUUUGAAUAUGGACUGUGUGUUGUUUGCUUAUUGGCACUGCCUGUUGUCCUGUCAUUUUUUAAUUAAUGAGUCUGUAUCUAUAAAUAAAGUAUUUCUCCCAGAGGCCAUACGGCAGUAGGUGACUUUAAUAAAAUUUGCAAGAUAAAUAGGAGUCUUGGCUGUCUGCACACAGGCCCCUUCCCGCUCUGGUGUGCUGUAGCCCCACACGUGAGCUUGUUCCUCAGCAGACCCAUCUGGAUGUUGUGGAGGCUUUCACCAAGGAAGCAACGUUUUAUUACCCACAAACCAACCAGAAGGUAUAAUAGAUAUUUGCUCUAGUAAGUUAUAACAUGACGGAUUUCGCCCACUACUCUGUUUUAUCUGGUUGAGUCUGACCAGCGAUCGGUGCAUAAUUAUUACAGCAAGAGCAAGAAAUGAAACUAGCAAUUAUGUAAAUGGAUGUGUUGGCCUCUUAACACCUGUUACUAGCAGACUUCCUUUGAGGAAGUUACUGUUUUUUAUUUU